GACGGCACGCCGUAACGACACGGUUAGUCUUCGACGAACUUUCGGGUGUGAUACUCGCGUCGUUCCGGGACCGCUGUGACUCGAGUUUCACGUCGUUCAAUUUUCCACUUCGCAUCAAACGAGCAAUCGUCGUUGACAGCGCGUGGAACGAUAAGAGAGCGACGGGCGUCGGAUAAUUAUGCGAGAUUUAUAGUCGUCUGGACAGUGAACUUGCGCGGUUACACGUGAGGCGGAGGAAGGAGGGUCGAAAGGAGGAGUCAUCGGGUGCUAGACAUGCGUCUUCAGACGUGAAUCGCGGUCAGAACGAAAACACCGUUUUAUCCGUGAACAGACGACAACCGCGGAGCGAAACGUCGGCGGAAUCGUCGAACCAAAGGAUGACUAGCUCGGCGCAUUGCUCCCCGUCGCGAUCGUCGCUCAGCUGUUGUCAAAUCGACCACAGCAGCCACGAUGACGUCCACAGCGUGGCGAUCGCCGCCAAAGACGACUACUUCUUUCAAGAGAAGCACUCGUUCCCCAAGAGGCCCGAGUUGGAUCUCUCGUUCUGCGAUAUCCGGUACGCGGUCAGAGAAUGGAGCCUUCGAUCCAUCAGACCUGAACACAAAGAAAUUCUCCAUGGCGUCAGCGGGGAGUUCAAAGCUGGCGAGCUGGUGGCUAUCAUGGGCCCCUCGGGUGCUGGAAAAUCGACGUUGUUGAACGUUUUGGCUGGUUACACAGUGAAGGGUGUCCAAGGGAAGAUCAUGGUGAACGGUAAGGUACGAGUGCCGUACAGCGAGAGAUGGAAAAGAACGUCGUGUUACAUACAGCAAGAAGCCUUAAUGAGAACGAGAAUCACAGUGGGAGAAGCCAUGACAAUAGCCGCUCAUUUGAAGCUCGGUUACACGAUCAGUUCGGCCUACAAACACACUCAAGUUUUAGAGCUGCUCGAAAUGCUGGGCCUGAGCCACUGCUACGACACGUUAUGCGGAAAACUAUCAGGCGGUCAGAAGAAGCGUCUCGACGUUGCUCUGGAACUUUUGAGCAAUCCUUCAGUAUUAUUCCUCGACGAGCCCACGACAGGCCUAGAUUCGGCAUCUUGCAGCCAGUGUAUCGCUCUUCUGAAGCGUCUCGCUAAAAUGGAAAGGCGCACGGUGAUCUGCACGAUACACCAACCGAGCGCGUUGCUUUUGGAGAUGUUCGACUCUAUCUACACGGUGGCUGGUGGAUAUUGCAUAUACAGAGGCCCAGUAAAAUUGUUGUUGCCGCACAUGUCUUCGAUCGGUGUCGAUUGCCCGCCUUAUCACAAUCCGGCUGAUUUCCUGUUGGAAGUCGCGAUCGGUGAUUACGGCAUUACCGUCGACAAAUUGGCAGCUGCCAUGGAAACAAUAUACAAGGAUGACAAGCCGGUUACUACGUCCACUCUGAAGCCGCAGUCGGAUGACACCACAAAGGAACCACCUCCGCCUGCAGGGUUCCUCGGCCAGUGUUAUCUGCUUUACAAGAGACAGCUGCUUUGCCUAAAGAGGGACUACACGUUACUGGUGGUGCGUUUACUGUGUCACCUGCUGAUCGGGGUAAUCUUCGGUUACCUCUACAUGGGAAGCGGUUACAGAGCAAACGGCGUCCUCGCUAAUUACGUUUACCUCUACGGAUCGUUGCUGCUGAUUGUAUACACUGGGAAAAUGGCCGUCACUCUUGCCUUCCCACAGGAAAUGCGAAUCCUCUCGAGGGAACACUUCAAUCGAUGGUAUCGGUUAGCGCCAUAUUAUAUUAGUAUGCUGCUAGUGGAGAUACCGUUCCAAGCGUCUUGCGCGGCGACCUAUUUGGCUGUGAGUUACUGGUUAACGGGCCAACCCGUGGAAACGCCUCGCAUAAUAUCGUUCAUGGUAGUCAGUAUAGCCGCCAGCUUGACGGCUCAAGCUUGGGGCUUCUUCAUCGGCGCGACUACGCCGGUUAAGAUUGCGGUGUUUGCGGGUCCUAUAAUCGCGGUGUUGUUCUCUGUGUUUGGCUUUUGCAUCCGUUACAUGGACACUCCGCAAGCGUUCCGAUGGAUGUUCCAUAUAUCGUACUUCCGAGCCAGCUUUCACAGUCUUCUGCACACUGUCUACGGUUUUGGUAGGAUGGAUCUAAAGUGCGACGAUUUCUACUGCCACUACAAGAAACCCACGCAAUUCCUGAAAGAGAUGGACAUUGCCGACACCAGCGUCGUGAACAAUCUCAUCUUGAUCAUCGGUAUCGGUGUACUGAUGCACCUGUUGACCGCCAGCGCGCUUUGGUGUAAACUGAACAGAAGAUAAACCACCGUUACCGAUCUCGGUGAUCCCAGUAUUGCUGUUGGCCGUUUCCGGCCGAAUUCGUUGGCAAAACGGUGAUGUCGUCGCGGGAGUUCCUCUGGGACCUCGUACUUCAUCGUAGAACGAAAAGGUUGUGACAUCACUGGCGUCGCGAACACCGAACUGUAGCCGCCCCACUGUAAUGUCGCAAUGUUCUUGUUCUCUGGUGCAACAUGGAAACAGAUCUAUGGGUCGUUCGACUCUUUGCGGCUCAGAUUUAUCCGAUUUAAAUACAAUUUUGCCGAGAAAUUGAACCGCAAAGCGUUAAUUUUCUGCUACUACAAUUUUGACGUUAAAUUUGUAUCGCUUUGCUUCGUUCUAUGGAAGCUCUAUUUAUUUAAUAUGAGAAAGUUUAAAAAAUUUAUCAACGUAGCUUGGUGAUGAAAAACUGAUCCGUACUUACGAAGGAAUAUAAGAAGUUCUCGGACUUUUUGUUUGGAAUCGAGCUUGCGCGAGACGCAUAGCGUAAAGAUAUGUAAAAGUGGAAGGAUAAAUGCAUGGGGCAUUUUCACGUUUCUCGUGGUAACGUGAUAACUUAAUCGGAUUAUUAGUAUCUACGCGUUAUAUUUUACUAUUAUCGUAUCACGGUGUUAUUAACUUAUUUUCUUGUUCACGACGAUAUUUUAUAAAUUAAAGACUUUUGUAAAUUAAUGAAAGCUCCAACCCUUUGCAGCCCAAAAUGUUUGGUGUAUGUUUGUCUUGUCUCGCUCGACAUAAGAUUGAAAAGGGUUAAAUCAGCGACGUACUGUAAUUCAACGUACUUCUCUAUAAUGUAAACAUCAUAGGUAUCCGCGUAGUAAUUAAGAAAAAAAGCAUAUUUUUUUAUCACUUUUAGAACUCGAAUAUCUCUAACUGUUUCGUGAUAGCGAUGAUAAUCGUAAAAAUGCAGUUACAAUAUAAUUAACAAUGUAAUUAAAAUACAACUUUACAGGACACACCGAAAUUUUGAUACCGCACGAAGUGAUGCGUAUAAAGCUUUAAACAAAG